AUGACAGAGAUCGUCCUCAACCAGAAAACCUCUCCAGCGUCCUCUGGCCGCUGCCACGUGGCGCUGGGAAUGGAGGAGGGCCGCAUCCCGGACUCCGCGGUCUCCGCCAGCUCCUCCUAUGAGCCCAAGUCCGUGGGGCCGCAGAACGCCAGGAUCCGUCAGGAGAAGAACGGCGGCGCGUGGUGCCCGAAGGCGCAGAUCAGCAGCGAGGUGCAGGAGUUCCUCGAGGUGGACCUGGGCCGGCCGCACCUCAUCACCGCCACCGAGACGCAGGGCCGCUUCGGCAACGGCCAGGGACAGGAGUACGCCGAGUCCUUCCACCUGCUCUACUGGAGGGACGCGCUGCAGCGCUGGGCCGUCUACAAGGACGCGCAGGGCCGCAAGGUGCUGGCGGGCAACCGCAACACCUACCUGGCGGUGCGGCAGCAGCUGGAGCUGCCGUUCGUGGCGAGCCGCGUGCGCUUCAUGCCCUACUCGCAGCACACCAGGACCGUCUGCAUGCGGGUCGAGCUCUACGGCUGUCCCUGGACGCAGAGCGUGCUGAGCUACUCGGCGCCGCGCGGCGACCGCUGGUCCCCGGAGCUGCGGCUGGAGGACCUCAGCUACGACGGCGGGCUGGACGGCCGCGGGGUCACGGCCGCCGGCCUGGGGCAGCUCGUCGACGGCCGGCUCGCCAGCGACGGCGGGGGCGGCGGGGGCGGCGCGCAGCCGUGGCGGCCCGACUGGCGGUGGGUCGGCUGGCACAACGAGAGCCGCCACGGCCAGCCCGUGGAGCUGGAACUCCAGCUGGACGGCGCCAGGGAGCUGACGGCGGCGCGCCUGCACGCCCUCCAUCGGCCCGACCACGGCGUCCAGCGCUCGAUGCUGUUCGGGCUGUACCUGCUGCGUGUGUUCGGCCCGUGCAUCCCGGCAGACGCUGGCGUCCAGCACUGGAAUCCAGCGCCCGCCGUCGCAGCUCCAGUACGUGCUGGCGCCACGCUAGCCCACUACGACCUAGGAGUACGGCUCUUCUCUACUGAACUGGGCUUCCGUCGAUCUGGACAGGUGUUCUCUGAGGUGUCGGUGUACCUGAGCCUGGACGGGCGGCACUACCAGGCGGCGCUGACGCGGCGCGUCGCCCCCCCGCCCGGCGAGCCGGCCGUCAACGUCAGCAUCUCGCUGCAGCAGCGCGUGGCGCGCUUCCUGCGGCUGCACCUGCGCUUCGCCGACCAGUGGAUGCUGCUCAGCGAGGUCUCGCUGGACUCUGUGGCCGUGCCGCGCAACGUGUCGGAGCAGAUGCUGGAGCAGAUGUUCUUCCAGCAGGACAACGCGCUGCAGGAGCCGGAGAGCCAGGACUCACAGACUGCAGCCGUGGAGACGUCGCACGCCCGCAAGGAGGUCACCAAAGCGACGAGCGCGGCGGGCGCGCAGCAGGCGUACGUGGGGCUGGUGGGCGGCCUGCUGGCGACGGCGCUGCUGCUGGCGCUGGCGGCGGCCGCCGUGCUGGUGGUGCGCCGCGGCCGCCAGAAGGUGGCGCUGCUGGCGGCCAAGCCGUGCGGCGGCUUCUCGCCGGCGGGCGGCGGCUGCGCGGCGGCGGCGGCGGCGGCGCUGCCCCGGGGGGCGGCCGGCGGCGGCGUCUCGAUGCGCGGCCUGCAGCUGUCGACGCCGCCGGUGCUGGCGCGCGUGCUGGGGGUGGCCGGACACGCCAGGGUGGCCGCCGCCGCCCCCAGGCGCGCCUCCCCCGCGCCCCACGCCGCCGUCUGCAGCCUGUACGGCGGCCGCGGCGACGACAGCGCCAGCGGCAGCGGCAGCAACGGCGACGACAGCGAGAACUCGAGCGUCUACCACGAGCCCUACAAGCUGCUCUCCGCACAGCACGAGUACGGCUGCCUGCUCGCGCCCAGCAAGAGCCACGACUUCGCCGACUUCCCGAGCGCGAGCGUCAGCAGCUUCCAGGAGGAGGCGGCGCGCUUCGCGGGGGGCGCCACCGGCCAGCCGGAGAACUACUACGCCGCCACGGACAUCGUCAAGAGCGGCCGCUGCGAGCAGCACCUGCGGCCGGGCUGCUUCACGACGCUGCGGCUGCCGGGGGCCGAGCCGCCCGCGGACGGCCUCCACCUGCUGGAGUACCCCAGGCACCGCCUGCGGCUCGUCGAGAAGGUCGGCGAGGGCAGCUUCGGCAUGGUGCUGCUCUGCGAGGCGGACGGAGCGCCGGAGCUCAACGGGCUGACCAGCUCCCACAAGAAGAGGCUGGUGCUCGUUAAGUCCCUGUGGCGGGGCUGCAGCCAGCAAACCAGGGAGGAGUUCCUGCGCGAGUGCGGCUGGCUGUCCAGCCUGCAGGACAGCAACGUGUGCCGCACGCUGGCCGUCUGCUCGGCCGAGGAGCCGCUGUGCGCGCUGCAGGAGCACGGGGACCUGGGGGCGCUGCCCUCCGUGCUGCGCGAGCACACGCCGGACUCCAUCAGUUCGAGUCUCGGUCCGGCACACAGCUACGGCUGCCUCAUCUACCUGGCGACGCAGAUCGCGGCGGGCAUGAAGUACCUGGAGGGCCUCAAGCUGGUGCACCGGGACCUGGCCGCCAGGAACUGCGUGGUGGGCCCGGACUUCAGCCUGAAGGUGUCGGACCACGCCAUGUUCUGCUCGCGCUACGACCUCGACUACUACCUGAGCGACACGCAGACCAAGCUGCCCGUGCGCUGGAUGUCCUGGGAGAGCGUGCUGCUGGGCGAGUACUCGACCAAGAGCGACGUGUGGGCGUUCGGCGUGACGCUGUGGGAGACGCUGACGCUGUGCGCGGUGCAGCCGCUGGCGGAGCUGAGCGACCAGCAGGUGGUGGAGAACUGCAGCCGGUGGCAGCUGGACGACGGCCGCCAGCGCUGCCCCGCGCGGCCCGCCGCCUGCCCCCGCGAGCUCUUCGACCUGAUGGCCGAGUGCUGGCGCCGCGACGCCGCGCUGCGCCCGCGCUUCGCCGAGAUACACCUCUUCCUGCAGCGCAAGAACCUCGGCUACGGGCCGUCGCCGGCGCCCGGCUAG